AUGAAGGAUGAGACAAAAGGAGAUCCAAUAGGCGAAUCAGUAUGCUUAAAGCUAAAAAUGUAUUCAGUUCUUCCAACAGGUCAUGAUCCUAAAACUCCUGAUGAUCCCAAUUCAGAAGACCCUAAAAAGAAACAUGGCAUCCAGAAGGCAAAGGGUGUUAAGAAAUUAGCAUCUGAAAUAUCUCCUGAGAAAGCAGAAGAAAAGGCUAUGAAAGUUAGACUUCGAUUUUUCUAUCGUUAUAGUAGAAACAAUACAAAAAUGAUUGAUCAUAAGGAUAUAGAACUUGCGCAAGUCAAAGUCAUAAAAAUUGCAUUACGAAAAGGCAAAAAAUAUGAUAAUCUUGCGAAAAACUAUGGAGACUAUCUAAAGAAAUUGCGAGCUGAAAGAAUCCAAAUGACUAUAUUAAAACAGUCGCACCUAGAGGAAUUAUAUGAGCUUUAUUAUGAUAUAGCCAAGGAAGAGAAUCGCGAAAGGUCAGAUAAUGAAAUAGAACAGAUGCUCAGAGCAAUGGCAAUCUAG